CAUCGUCUCUCUCCAAACCCCCAACCUCGCCGCUGUCCCUAGACGCCUCCGACCCCCUCCGCGAUGCCAUUGAGGAGCUCCAACUUUAAGCAGACAGUCCUACUCUUCCCUGCUCGAUCUUAAGUGCAAUCUGCAAGACGGGAUGGAGGGAAAUCCUGUUGCUAAAAUCAUCCAACCCAUCGAUAUGAUGAAGUUGAGAAUUCAAUUGGGUCUGGGAUCAGCUGGACAAGUUUCCAGGACCAUGAUCAAGGAGGAGGGUUUUGGUUCAUUGUAUAAGGACCUGAGUAACCAACCUAGGUUAUUGCAAACCCAACGUUCCGAAAUAAAGAAGAGAUUAAGCUGUUGGACGAACCCUGAUAUGAUCAACAAUGUAGAUCAGUUGGGGCAAAUGGAUGAUUCAAUUUGAGAAUCGCGUAACCAGAUUCGAACACAUAAGGU